AUGUACCAAGCCUGGGUGAAAGGGCAUCCCCCACCAUCAUACCCUGCCAACCCCACUUUCAUCCCACCGUUGGCUCAGUCCCAAGAACCUCCUAUUGCUGAUUCAUCCCCACAAAAUGCACCAGGUUUCGCCCACUACCACCAUUAUCAAGGCACCACUUCCCAAACCACCCAAGCACCACCAGCUAAAACAAUCCCGUACCCCCCUCCACCAACCACCCCUGUCUUUGUAGCGCCCCCGCCAGCUAUACUCCAUCGAUCCUCCAGCGAGCCAUUGUUCCAGACCCAAGAUAAUCAGUACUAUCCCCCAGAGCCUACUUUCAGGGCCCCAGAUCAUCACUCUUAUACUCCUCAUUUUGACCUCCCUGUUGAGACUGAGAAAUCACCUAAAAACCCGGAAUAA